CUCAGAACAAACAGAAGCCUGGCUUGGUCACCUCCUAGCUGCCGUGGGAACGGCCCCUCCCUGAGCUGGCAUGUCCUGGCGUCCCUGGAGCACCACAAUGGCCAGCAAGCUCGCCCCCUUCUCGGCGUUCUUCGGCAGCCUCUUCUUCUUGUCCUUCCUGGGCCCGACCCCUACCAUCGGUCAGAACGACACUCAAAAGGUAGGGGUGUGCCCAGAUGUGCUUGAGAUCCCACACUGCCGGGUUGAAUGUCGCACCGAUGGAGACUGUCCCGAUGUCCUCAAGUGCUGCACAGUUGGAUGCGCGUCGCUUUGCGUAAUCCCCAACGAGAAGAAGGGUAAAUGCCCUAUUAAUGACAGUAGCAUCUCUUUGCUGGGGAUUUGCAAGGACGAGUGCUAUGGCGAUUCUGAUUGUUCUGGCUCACUCAAAUGCUGUAUCAAUGGCUGUGGAAACCGUUCCUGCGUCAAACCUGGCCACUGAGGUUUGACGUGAGUCAUUAAGUUGGAACAAAAGUCACCCUGAUCCUGGGAGCUCCUGGACUCUUUAAAGUUAUACUGAAAGUCACAAUGAUCCCCCCAGCACUUCCUGACAAACUGCUGGAGCACAAGGCUUCUGGACCAGCUGUCUCUGGAUCUGAUUAUUACCCGUCUUUCCUACCAGCACCUGGACAAACUCAAGAGAGAAAGCUGCUCACUGGCCUAUCCUCUGCUCUGUCAUCUGCUGGGUCCUGGGACCCCAUGCGGAAUCAGCCUCUCCCUUCCCUGCUGGGCUUCAAGCUUUCUUUUGGGGGCUGAUCAUGCCUAGCCAGUGCAUCAAUAAAAAGAU